AUGUGGCCCCUCUUCAGCAUUCAGCCCAUCCCGGGCAAAGGCAGAGGUCUCGUCGCCAACCAAAGCAUCCCUCGGGGCACUCUCCUCAUUAGCGACUUACCCCUACUCACUUUCAUGCCCACCACCAAAGGCGGCCGCGCCCGAGCUAUCGAGCUCUACAAGCAGCUCCCAUACGACAAGAAGAUAGCCGUCGAGGCAUUUCAAGAAGGGCAUGGGCGCAUGAGUUUGCGAGAAGUGUUGCUCGUUGUCGGUCUGCCGAUUGAGCAGCAAGGGGGUCGCGCGGGGGUGUUUGAGAAUGCUUCCUUGCUCAAUCACUCCUGUAUUCCAAACUGCUACCAUUUUUGGGACGGGGUGAAAGGGCAAGAGAUCGUCCACGCCCUCAUCGACAUCCCCGCCGGCGCCGAGCUCACAAUUGAUUACACCAGCGACGACAACCUCCUCUUCUACCAGCGCCAAAGGGAGCUUCAAAGACGGUUCAACUUCACUUGCUCAUGUCCCCUCUGCUCCCUCCCGAGAAGGGAGAGAAAGAAAAGUGAUAACCGCCGUUAUCGAUACACCCAACUAGUCGACGAAUUCCCCACCGCUCUCACCGAUUGCAGCCCCAAAGUCGCCAUGGGCCUGCUUAACGCAAUGUUCAAACUCAUUGAGAAAGAGUCUCUCUGGUCCCAUCUGGGGGCGAGGUACGCAGACGGCUUCCAACUCUGUGCCAUGCACUCGGACGUUUUUCGAGCCCAUGCAUGGGCGCGCCGGGCUAAACAGGCAUAUAUCAUCGCGCGAGGAGCAGGUAGUAAAGAUGCAAAGGGUAUGGCGCUACUGGAGAAGGUGCCUGAGAGGUUUGGGCUCUUUGGGACGUUGUGCAAGAUCAAGAUGUACCCGCCAGGCGCGUUGUUUGUCCCCUCUUCUGCGAAGCAACUUUUUGCAAACGGAGUACCUUCUUUCUCUAUCACAUCUCCUAUCAUCUCUCUCGCCCCUAUCGUCACCGCCCCUCCAGCCGUCAGCCAUCAGACUAUUCCCCCGGGCACCAAGCUCUCUAAGGGUCAGUGGAAGCGCGCUCGCGCGAGGGCAGCUACAAGAGCUGAUGGAUAUGCGCGGAAAGAAGCCGCUACCACUACUAUCCCCCCCGCCUUCACUUCCAAUCCCUUCUCCCCCCUUCUUCCCACCGCUUCUCCCUCCAUCAUCAGCGAAUCCUCCGACGAGUCCGUUGAUGGAGAAGAAGACGUCAUCAUAGAGCUCGGUGCCGCCACUGCUGUUCAUCAUCAAGAAGACGAGGAGCCGGAAGAGGAGGAGUCGAGGUUUGAAGAGACGGAGAUGGCUGAGAUGAAGAAUUUCUGCAGGAUGAUGAUGGAGGUGACAAUUGCUGAGUGUGUGUGGGAGAGUUAG